UCAGCGGCUCUGAGCAGAGAGAGAACAAGAGAACAAGAGUCCAGCUGGAUACGAGGAUGAUUUACCUUCACACACUGUUGCGCCUUCCAGGAUACUCCGGAUAAAACAUGGCAACUACAGUUUUCACUCUUUGGUAGAAAUAAUUAAAGAAAAGAAGCUUUGGGUGAUUUUAUUAUUAGCAGUUAAAAGAAAUAGUCAACUGAGAAGCGGCUGAAGAAGUUGGACGUGAUUUACUGAGGGGUAAUUAACUGUGACCUCAGACCAUGGCCUACACUCUAGGCUCAACCACUGAGGGCCAGACGCGAAGUGUUGGACCUCAGCACUGCGUCACUCGGGUGGAGCUGUCCGUCACCGCCACCAGCCUGCUGGACCGAGAUGUAGCCUCCAAGUCAGACCCGUUCUGUGUUCUCUUCCAUGAGGUGGAUGGAAACUGGGUGGAGCUCAGCCGCACUGAAACAGCUGUGAACAACUUGAAUCCAGUGUUUGGGGUGAAGUUUCAAGUGGACUACCACUUUGAGGAAAUCCAGAAGCUUCGCUUUGCCAUGUUCGAUGAAGACAAGUGUGCCACACAGCUCUACGAACAUGACUUCCUGGGAGAAUUCAUUUGUACACUGGGGGUGAUUGUGUCCAAUAAGAAACUUCACAGACCGUUGAUCUUAGCCAAUGGAAAGCCAGCUGGCAAAGGAUCCAUUAUGAUAACAGCUCAGGAGCUGUCUGACAACAGAAUCAUCACUUUGACCCUGAGUGGGCGUAAACUGGAUAAGAAGGACUUCUUUGGGAAGUCAGACCCCUACCUGGAGUUUCACAAACAGGGAGAAGAUGGCAAAUGGAUGCUGGUGCACAGGACAGAGGUCAUAAAGAACACUUUAGAUCCAUCAUGGAAAUCCUUUACUGUGCCGCUCAUUUCUCUCUGCGAUGGAGAUGUGGACAGAAACAUCAAGGUCCUGUGUUACGACUAUGACAAUGAUGGAGGCCACGACUUCAUAGGAGAGUUUCAAACCACAGCUUCCAAGAUGAGUGAAGCCCAGAACUCAGUGGAGGUGGAGUUUGACUGCAUCAACCCCAAGAAACAGAAGAAGAAGAAGAAUUAUAAAAACUCUGGCUUUAUCAUCGUCAAGUCAUGUAAGAUUACAAGAGACUACACUUUUCUGGAUUACAUACUUGGAGGAUGCCAGCUCAUGUUUACGGUCGGUAUAGACUUCACAGCAUCUAAUGGGAACCCUCGAGAGCCGUCCUCCCUCCACUACAUUAACCCAUUGGGCAGCAACGAGUAUCUCGCUGCCAUUUUAGCUGUGGGACAAAUCAUACAGGACUAUGAUACCGACAAAAUGUUUCCUGCUCUGGGAUUUGGAGCCCAACUCCCACCAGACUGGAAGGUGUCACAUGAAUUUGCCAUCAACUUCAACCCCACUAACCCCUUUUGUUCAGGUGUGGAGGGUAUUGCCCAGGCCUACUCUGCCUGUCUCCCUCACAUUCGUUUCUACGGCCCAACAAACUUUUCUCCAAUCAUCAGCCAUGUAGCACGUUUUGCUGCCCAGGCACUUCAACAAGAGAAAGCAGCGCAGUACUUCAAUCUCCUCAUUAUAACCGACGGUGUCAUCAGCGAUAUGGACGAGACGCGUGACGCCAUCGUACAGGCGUCUAAGUUACCCAUGUCCAUCAUCAUCAUUGGUGUCGGCAACGCAGACUUUGCUGCCAUGGAGUUCUUAGAUGGAGACGCCAGCGUUUUAAAGUCCAACACUGGAGAGGAGGCUGUUCGGGACAUUGUGCAGUUCGUCCCUUUCAGGGAUUUCCGAAAUGCACCCAAGGAGACCCUCGCCAAGUCGGUCCUAGCCGAGCUGCCUCAACAGGUCACCCAGUACUUUAAGCAACGGAAUCUACCGCCCGCCAACACAGCACCGAAGUGAGACACCCCAAACACAGAAGCCCAAACGCUGUACAAUAGCUCAACAAAACCUCUCUUCUCGUUAAUGGCAAACAAUACAGAAUGAGAGCGCGUAUAUCAGCUGUGAACAAAAUGAGUUGUGGACAAAAAAAAAAAAUCAAACAUAGAAGACAUCCUUGCCAUUUUAUUUGCAAAGUUGUUACUGGUUAACGAAUGUUUGGUCAGUAUCCAGUGUGAAUCAGAAGUGAUAUUAUCUGUUUCUUAAAGCUUCCCAGCACACAGAACCAUGGUGAUAAUGUCUAAAGGACCUUGCAUGUCUACAGUGAUGGCAGGUGUCUCCAAAUUAUAUGGAUAUUUAUGAAUAUGCAGGCAAAACACUGGCCCUUUUUUUUUUUCUUUUUUCUUCAAGAAAUUAAAAAUAUCUUGAUUUAUCAGGAUGUAUUUUUUUUGCUUUUUGCAUGUGUGUGUCUUGUGAUUGAUACCAUGUGAUACAUACAACUCCUUGGUGUAGAGUCCCUUCUAAGCUGAAAUAUAUCAGUGGUUGAAUCCCCUCCUGUUGUCGUAAGGCUCUUUUUCCGGUCGCGGAUCAGAUGGAGGCUGUUUGCUUUUGUGCUCACGUGUGGCAGACUCACAGACUGAACCUGAACAGAGCACUAUUUCUUCACCCCUGCUCCGUCGUCAGGGGGGAGGAUUUACAGUAAUUUAGAAGUUCUGAUCACCCCAGUCGUCCGAGAGGCAGGUUUUAAUGCUCCGCUGCUUAUUUGAUUCAAGAGGACAGAAUCAGAGGAGGACGAGGCCGUAGUGGCAGCUGUAGCACUAACACAGGAUAGAUGUGGGAUACUGUGUGAACUCAUUAGGCUGUUAAAUAUGGGGCCAUUUUGCUAGCUUUUGCAAAAUCCUUGUAUUUCUUAUGACUUCAGUUCAUCCUGCAUGUUGCCAAUAUCUACUCACUGUUUACAAACUGAUGAUCACAGAUGCAUGUUUGUCAUUUUUCCAAUGAUGUAUUUAUCAGAUUUUGUAAAUAAUUUAAUGAGAUGCUGUUGAAAGGAAAGGAAGUGUGUCAGAGAAGGCUGUUACCGUCAGAGUUUUAAUGAUUGGAAGCAGAGGAGGAGUUUCUGAUAUGCAUAUAUAUCGAAUGUAUAUUUAUAUGACGCUGUUCUUGUUCUGAUAAGCCAAUGUUUCUGACAUGUUUUUAAUGUACUUUUUAUGCAGUGCUGAAUUGUGUACUUAAACUACUACUAUGUGUAUUGCUGUGCAUCUUUGUACUAAAUGUGUUGCUAUUAAUUUUUUAAAGUUAUGUCUAUGUCUCAGGUUAAUAAACUGAAGGAAAUGUCA